AUGCUGGGCUCUGUAUCCGCCAAGCUGGCUAUGCUGGAUAGCGCCGUUCAGUCGCUCGGGCCCUUUGCCGCGCCCGUGUACGCGCUGACCCUCGUCGUCUCCGGGAUGAUUCCGCUGCCGGCGUUCAACGUCCUCGUCCUUGGCGCUGGCUCCCUCUUUGGCGUGACGCUCGGCUUCGGCGUCGUCUAUCCCGCCGCGCUGGCCGGCGCAUCCCUCGGCUUCUUCCUCGGCCGUCGCAUGCCAGCGUCACUGCGCCGGCGCAUACCGCAGAAGCUCACGAUGCUGCAAGGCGCGCUCGCCGACGGCGGCUUUACGACGCUGCUGCUGCUGCGGCUCACGCCGCUGCCGUUCGCGCCGAGCAACCUAUUCCUGGGCUCCAUCCCCGCCGUGCCCUUCGGCACAUACAUCGCCGCCACCGCCCUCGGCUUCCUCCGCCUCUGCGUCAACGUCCUCAUCGGCUCUCGCGUUCGCGGCAUGAUUGACGGUGAGGGCACCGCCUUGGAGCAGGGCCUUGUCGCGGGCGGGGCGCUCACCUUCGCCCUCGCCCUGGGCAAUAUCUGCCGCAUGCUGCUCAAGCGCAAGGCUGCAGAGAGCAAGCAGGAGGAGUAA